UUUUAUUUAAAGCGUUUCCAAAAUUCCAUGACCCGGAAGUAUUUAUUUGUGUCGCUGAAGGAGACGUUGAUGAUAACAGCGCAGCUAACCAGAUAUUCUGGCUAUUAGAACGGGGAAAAUAAAGGCUCUUGUCACUCUGGGGACUCUUGGAACUUCUCUGUGUGUGAGAGCGUGUUGCUGCCUAUCUCUACACCUCCUUGGAGGAUGACCAUGGAAGAGAUGAGGAUUGAAACCGAGACAAACUCCAUGGUCUCCAUGACGCUAUAUGCUGUCAUGUACCCCGUUUUUAACGAGCUGGAGAGGAUCAACUUGUCAGCUGCCCAGACUCUGAGAGCAGCCUUUAUCAAGGCGGAGAGGGAGAACCCAGGCCUAACUCAGGACAUCAUAAUGAAAAUUCUGGAGAAGAAAAACGUUCAGAUAAACUACACAGAGUCUCUGCUGCGCAUGGCUGCAGAUGACGUGGAAGAGUUCUUAGUGGACAGGCCAGAGCAGGAGUUCCAGGACCUAAAUGAGAAAUCCAGAGCUCUGAAACACAUCCUCAGUAAGAUACCUGACGAGAUCAACGACAGGGUACGCUUCCUACAGACAAUUAAAGACAUCGCCAGUGCUAUAAAGGAGCUCCUGGAUACAGUCAAUAACGUCUUUAAGAAAUACCACUACCAGAACCGUAGGGCUCUUGAGCACCAGAAGAAGGAGUUUGUCAAAUACUCCAAAAGCUUCAGCGACACCCUCAAAACAUACUUCAAAGAUGGAAAGGCGAUCAACGUGUUCAUCAGUGCGAACAGACUGAUCCACCAAACCAACCUCAUUCUGCAGACCUUCAAGACCGUCAUAUAGGGUUGCCUUGGAGAGGCCAUCCAAUCUUCCAACGAAGCAACAUUCAAAAUGGCAUACGAUCAGAGAGCACCUUUUUGCCAGAUUUAAAUGUAAAAUAGAGGCUUGUUUUUAUCAGACAGUUUUAAUUUAUACCCUUGAGGUGCGUUCAAGGCUGAUGUUAGCAGUGAAAUACGUCAGCUUUUAAACUGUUAGCUAACGUUAGUGAAUGUUUAAUGGCCAAAAUCUAGCUGAAGAACUUCAGCAUAUGUGAUAGCUUUUUUAGUUAUCCCUAGCUACUGUUUAAUUGUUUGAAUCAGCAUUUAACGUUUAGGGACAGUCUUGUUGAUCGGGCUGUGAUGAUACCAGUAUGACAAUAUUUUUUUCCAUGGCAAGAAUGAAAACAUGAGGCAGGCUCAACUCUUUGGUCCUAUGAAUACUUGCUGUAUGUAAAAUAUUCUGUGCACUAUCUUAGAAAAUACAUGUGACAACAUAAUGAUAUUUGUUUCCAACAUUCGGGCUGUUUUCCUAGCGAUGUAAAAUCCGCUUUGUGUAUGAUUUAUUAUUUGUGCAUCUUAACUUUCUCACUCAUCAUUAUUCACGAUGCAUUCAGGAUUUUCCAUAAUCAUGGUAGCAUCCACAUCAAUGUAGUAGUGUAUUCUAUGACAGUCUGCACUUUAACCUCGUAGUUGUUGUAUAAUUUCAAAUCCAAAGUGCUGCAGUACAGAGCCAAAAAUAACAACAGCAAAAAUUCACUGUUCCAAUACUUUUGGAGCUCACUGUAUCUGACCCUGUGUCAGUGUUUAGGGCCAACUUCCUCCUACAUCUACUAUAGCUUCUUAAUCAUGCUUUCAGAACGGAAACUGCUUUCACUAUCUGCUGUGCAUCUCAAGUGUCUCCCUCUCUUACGAGAAAGCAAUAUGAUGUUCUAACCCUACUGGGUAUGACCUUUCACCUGUCCAGUCUUUACAGAGUAGUGCAGAGGAAGGGAGCGGUGUGAGGAGAGAAUCUUGUUAGAUUAUUGAGAUGUACCCCUAUUCAACUCUAUUAGAAGACAGAAAACCAAAAGAAUUCAAGCACAGAGUUGCUGAAUCCCAAAUAGACUCCUGGACGAGGGGGUAGGGACGGACUAGGGAGGGAUCGAUUUGGGAUUCACAAAGUAACAUUCCCACACUGUCUGUGUGUGUAGCUACAGAGAGCAUGACUGAGGAGGGUUUGUAAAAGGAGUCUGUCCCUGAUGUUUCAAGAUGAAGGGAAUGAAAUGGCUCCAGGUUGAAGCUGUCUCUGUAUUUAAGUGAUACUGUAUGUCUGGUGGCAAAUGUUCAAUAAAUUGUUUCCUAAUGAUG